CACUCCAUAUAAAAUAUAAACUCAGCAAUCCCAUCUCCCCGCUCUCUGGCAACCCGAACCACAAAAACACAUCCGACCAUGGCCGCCCACCGCCACCUCCUCCUCCUAACCGCCGCCCUCCUCCACCUCCUCGCCGCCGCCUCGGCCAUUGGCGUCAACUACGGCACCCUCGGUGACAACCUCCCGCCCCCCCAGGUGGCCAACUUCAUCAAGUCCCAGACGAUCAUCAACCGGGUCAAGAUCUUCGACACCAACCCGGACAUCCUGCGUGCCUUCGCUGACACCGGGAUCGCCAUGACCGUCACUGCUGGGAACGGCGACAUCCCGGCCCUCACCCGGCUUGCCUACGCCCGCCAGUGGGUCGCCAUCAACAUCGCCCCAUUCUAUCCGCGGACCCGGAUCGUCCGCGUCCUCGUCGGAAACGAGAUCAUCCACAGCCAGGACAAGCGCCUUGUCGUCAAUCUCCUUCCGGCCAUGAGGACCCUCCACAACGCUCUCGUUCUCGCUGGUUUCAGGGGCAUUCAGGUAACGACCGCCCACUCCCUCGGCAUCCUUGAGAUGUCCGAGCCGCCAAGCAGAGGACGGUUCAGGCCCGGGUACACCCGGGUCCUCGUGCCGAUGCUCAAGUUCCUCCGGGAUACCAGAUCGCCCUUCAUGGUCAAUCCCUACCCUUACUUCGGCUACUCCCCUCGGAAGGCGAAUUACGCCCUCUUCAAGCCUAACCGAGGCGUCUACGACAGGUUCACCCGCAUCACCUACACCAACAUGUUUGACGGCUUGCUUGACGCUGUCUACUCGGCGAUGAAAGCUGUGGGCUACGGCGACGUGCAGAUCGUCGCAGGGGAGACUGGGUGGCCCUCCCUUGGCGGCCCCGGCGAGCCCGCCCCGACCCUUGCGAACGCCGUCUCAUACAACGGGAAGCUGUUGAAGCACGUUAAUUCGCGCCGGGGGACGCCCCUGAUGCCAAACCGCCGGAUAGAGACUUACAUCUUUGCCCUGUUCAACGAGAACCAAAAACCAGGCCCGAUCGCUGAGAGGAACUUUGGGUUGUUCUGGCCAGACUUCACGCCGGUCUACAAGAUCGGAAUCUUGCGCAGUGAAAGGCACCGACGCGGCAGGAGAGGCGGGAGAGGCGGGCACCGUAGGGCACCCCGCCCAGGUGGCGGCAAGCGGUGGUGUGUGCUGAAGCAAGGCGUGAGUGAUCAGGCGGUGCAGGCCAACAUAGACUACGUGUGCAGCACCGGCGUCGACUGUCGGCCCAUCCAGUCCGGUGGGGCGUGCUUUGAUCCCAAUAACGUCAGGGCCCGCGCUUCUUACAUCAUGAACUCUUACUACCAGACCAAGGGUCGCCAGCCAUCCAACUGCGAUUUCUCCGGCUCCGGUGUGUUGACCUCCGUCAACCCAAGUCAUGGUGCAUGCAUCUACAUAUGAGAAACCGGAACUGUAGAGACACCGGCAUGACCUGCCGGAAACUGCGAGGGCUGUCUCGCUAGCAUUGUAAUCCCAAAGAGUUAAUUAAGUUAUAACAAGAAAUGAUUGUCCUAUGAUAACCAUGUCCUAUUAAAUUUCCUGUGUCACUCAGUAUCUUGAUUGAUCUCUCAAUAGCUCAUGAAAGAGAAAGUUAGCGUGUAGAUUGAACCCCCUUCGCUCAGUUUGAAUACUC